AUGUAUGCUCACGAUCCCCGCGAAAUCGUAAAACACAUUAAUUCUCGUAAUGCAAAAGUUUUAGCAGUUUUUAUAGUGAUCGGCUUCAUUUUUUAUCAUGGCAUUCUUCACCUAACUUCUGGAAUUGAUUCAUGUAAAUGGCUACUUAGUGAUGGGCGUUUUCAAGGAUUUCAAGUCUGGCAGCCAUAUGGGUGCAUGAUGCAUUCAUAUACUUCAUCAGAUUCUCAAAUGUGUCUUAGAUAUAUUGCAUAUUGGGGAGGAAAGACACAUGUUGUUUUCAUUGGAGAUUCACGCAUACGUCAACUUUUUUAUGGCUUUGUAACAAUGGUUAGUCCCAAGUAUGAAAUGCAAGAAUUAAUUGCUCACAAAGAUUUGCAUUAUAUUGAUGAAGAACUCAAGUUUAAAGUAGAUUUCCUUUGGGCUCCAAUGGUAAAUGAAACAAUGUUUAAUAUAUAUAAGCCCUGGAUACAAGACAGUCGAACCAGACCUUCUCUUAUAGUAACAGGCAGUGGUGCCUGGGCAAUAAAAACAAGCAAUGCAAGCAUCGAAAUGUAUGGAAGUUAUCAAAGAAAUUUGACACAAUUAGUUCCUAUUCUCAAUGCUUUGACUCCAAUCACAAAAGUAUUGUGGGUUUUGCAAGAUCCUGUUAAAACUGAAAAAUUACAUCCAUCUAGAAAAAUGAUCACAAAUGAACAAAUUGAUAUGUAUAACAAAGCUGCUAUGGAUUUGCUCCACCAUAGUAAAAUUUUAAUAUGGAGUUCAUCUCGUUUGGUAUCUCAGGGCCUAUUGGAUGAUGAUGAAGAUGGUUUGCACAUGGGAAAACGUGCUCUUUAUUAUGCUGUUGAGUUAUUAAUGAACAUGUAUUGUAAUGAUCAUAUGAAUUAUAAUGAUGGAACAUGUUGUAGCAGUCCCGAGUCUGUUACUACUCUGCAGUUGAUAACAUUUUCUGUACUUGGAGUAAGCUUUUGCCUGGCUACAGCUCUUUUUAUACGUAAGAAAUUUAUGAAACGGAAGUCUCCUGCUGUUUUACCUGUUGUUGAGGAAGGUUGUAAGGAUACUUCAUUUCAUGAGUUGUGCACAGCCCUUUCUCGUCUUGCUAUUGUGAUGGCAUACUUUUUUCUUUGUGAUAGGACAAAUUUCUUUAUGAAGGAAAACAAGUACUUUACAUACACAAAUUUUUUCCUACCCUUGGGAUAUCUUUUUGCUUUGGGAUUAUUUUUUACAGAAGAAAGCCAAUUUACUCAAGUCUUACAUAGAGAUCAAACUAAUGAAUGGAAAGGUUGGAUGCAACUUGUUAUACUGGUUUAUCAUCUGACUGGUGCCAGUAGGAUUCUUCCCAUUUACAUGCAUGUGCGUGUAUUGGUUACAUCUUAUCUAUUUUUGAGUGGAUACGGACAUUUCACGUACUUCUACCAAUAUGGUGAUUUUGGUUUCUAUAGAUUGUGGCAGGUUCUGUUUCGUCUUAAUUUUCUGGUGGUUGUUCUCUGCCUUUGUAUGAACCGUCCAUAUCAGUUUUAUUACUUUGUGCCUUUAGUGUCAUUUUGGUUUGCUGUUAUUUUUAUUACUCUGAAAUCUGUACCACAAGUGACAGCUUCUUCAGCUGAAGCAAAUCCAUUACUGUAUUUUUAUGUAACUUUGAAGUUUGUUGGGCUUUUUGGAGUUGUUACAGUUUUAUAUAUGUCUGAAGUUUUUUUUGAAAAAAUAUUUGUCACAAGACCAUGGAAAGCUUUAUUUGUGACUACUGAUGAUUCUAUCAAAGAAUGGUGGUUUAGAUGGAAAAUUGAUCGUUAUAGUGUAACCUAUGGGAUGCUCUUUGCAUUUGGUCUCCAUCUUCUAAAACAAUAUCACAUUUUAGAUGACAAAAAUCGUGGAAAUUUAUUUUCAAGAGGAAUAUCAUUAACAGCAGCUUUUUUAUCACUACUUGGACUUGGAGGUUAUGCAAUGUUUGCAUUCUUGUGCCGUAACAAAAGAGAAUGUAAUGAAGUUCAUCCUUAUGUAUCAUUUGUUCCUAUAUUAUCAUACCUCAUCCUUAGAAAUAUCAGUGGAUAUUUAAGAACAAAAUACAGCAUGUUUUUUUCAUGGUUUGGGAAUAUUUCUCUUGAGCUUUUUAUUGCUCAGUACCAUAUCUGGCUUUCUGCGGAUACACAUGGAGUCUUGGUCCUAGUUCCGGGAUACCCAGUUUUGAAUGCUUUAGUAACAUCUUUCAUUUUUGUUUGUGUUGCUCAUGAAAUUCAUUGUUUAACAGACAUUCUUGUUAAAUAUGCUAUACCUACAGAUUGGAAGUAUCUCAUCCGCAAUGUUACUGUUUUCUUCUUGAUGCUUGUUCCCAUUGGUAUACAUGAUGGCAUGUUUUAA